AUGUCCAAGACACCUGUGCCUUUUUCGCCAGAGAAUAUCAAGACUGUUGCCUCCCUGUAUAGACGGUCCUUGAGAACUGCUGCUGACUGGAUCAACAGACGUGAUUUCUACCGUGCAAAGGCAGCAGAGAUCAGGCUGCGCUUCGAGCAGAACCGCAACGUCUCAGACCCAAAAGAGCUAAAGGCCAUCAUUGACAAAACUGAGCUCAUGCUUAACAAAUUCAAGCACCCAGACCCAAUCAUCCCCCCUCAAAGACCAGGAGGUAUCAUGUACGACAGAAACGCUCCUCCAAGAUACUCAUCAGGACCUGUACCAUUCAGCAACGAGCUCUAG